GUCGCGGCGUGGCGGCCCCGGCGGCGGCGGCGGCGGCGCUCGCGUUAGGACCCAGCGGAUCCAGGCUGGAGGGCGGGCGCCGGCCCCGUCGGGGGCCCGGAGGGGGGUUCGGAGCGGGCAAAGGGGCGGCUCCGGCGGGCGGACUCGGAGCGGGCCGCGGAGUGACCCGGCCAGCUGUGCGGCGCUGCAACAUCUGGUUUCCUCCAGCCGGACCCCAGCCCGGCCUCUGGAGCAGACAGAGCCUCCAGCAGACUGUCCCCUGACUCCAGCCCAGCCCGCCUCAUUGUGUAACCAUGAGAGCUGCCUACCUCUUCCUGCUGUUCCUGCCUGCAGGCCUGCUGGCUCAGGGCCAGUACGACCUGGAUCCGCUGCCUCCGUUCCCAGACCACGUCCAGUACACCCACUAUAGCGACCAGAUCGACAACCCGGACUACUAUGAUUAUCAAGAGGUGACUCCUCGGCCCCCACAGGAGCAGUUUCAGUUCCAGUCCCAGCAGCAAGUCCAACAGGAAGUCAUCCCAGCUCCCACCUUAGAACCAGGAACUGUAGAGACGGAGCCCACGGAGCCUGGGCCUCUGGACUGCCGCGAGGAGCAGUACCCGUGUACCCGCCUCUACUCCAUACACAAGCCUUGCAAACAGUGUCUCAACGAGGUCUGCUUCUACAGCCUCCGCCGUGUGUAUGUCAUCAACAAGGAAAUCUGUGUCCGCACGGUCUGUGCCCACGAGGAGCUCCUGCGAGCUGACCUGUGUCGUGACAAGUUCUCCAAAUGUGGCGUGAUGGCCAGCAGCGGCCUGUGCCAAUCUGUGGCAGCCUCCUGUGCCAGGAGCUGCGGGGGCUGCUAGGGUGGAACUGGCACCCCGAGCCCUGGACCCUCCUCGGAUCUGGGGCCCUCAGGCUCUGCCUGACCUGGUGCUUUUCUCCCCAGCCAGACAUUCCUUUUAUCCCGUAAAAAGUUAGUGGCUGCGGCGCCGGGGGUUGCCUCAGGCCCUUCCCCCAGCCUGUGGCCACCCUUGGGGCACACAGGGGGCUCCCCAGUGUCCAGUCUCCGCCCCCAGGUGGGAGACAUCCCAGGCCUCUCUAUGGGACCUGGGCCCCUGAUGUGCCUUCUCCAUCCCUCUGAGGACAGAGCCC